AACUAAAAUUUUGUAAAAAAAAAUUACUAUUCAGUUAACGAUUAAACGUGCAAGAGUAAAGUUUCGAAUUGAGACAAAGAAACGCAGAGAAACGUACACAAAAAUAAAUUUUUAUUCUUAACCACCAUCUAGCUGCUCUGUUCGUUCUUCCCCUCCGGCUGUCUUCUGGUUAUUGUGUUGAAAUGUUUUUCAUGUGAUUUUUGUUUGCCUUUAAAUCACCAAAAACUUAAUUAAAAUAUUAUAGUUUUUUGUUUUUGUUAAUUCUUCCAAAAAAUAUAUAAAUUAUAAAUGUUUUAACAUGCUGCAAAGUUCAUCAUCAUCGCAUAUUAAAAGUCAACUUCGUGCUGUCAGCUGUUGUUUAGUGGUGCUACUGCUUUUUCAAACUCAGUUUCAACAAUCAGAAGCUCUAAUCGUUCCCAAUGAAUUGCCCUCGAUUCUAUCACUGGUUUACUCCAAUAUACCACCAAUUAAAAAAGGUACCGAUUCUCGUCUAGGUUUUGGUUUCAGACUAGGAGAACAUGCUGAUUUUCAAGUACUACUCGAAUUGGGACCACAAAAAGAAACCCGGCCUAUAGGAGAUACAGAUGAUUCCGACGGCUCUUCCUUCAAUAAGAGACAAGUUAAUAAGCGUCAACAAUUACGAGUACAACAUGAGAUGAGCUCAACAGAACGUUCUGCUGCCACUUGGUUGGAAAAAUGGUCAAAUGAUGCCAACAAUUCCAAGAAGAAGGUUAAAACAAGCAAAAAACAAAUUGCCAAUAAACCAGCGGAAAUGCCACCAGCCAUGCCCCAGAUGCCUGAACAAACCUUAAGACAAUUACAAAUGUUAUACAAAAUGGCUACCAGUUCAACGCCAGAACCUGAACAAGCCACAUCUACUGAGAGUACCUUAAAGCCGGGAGAAAUAAGUGCUGCCACCCAUUUGCAGGAGAGAUUGAAAACUUUCAAAGCUCCCUCGAAUGUAGAAGAAUUGCAGGUUUUGCUGCAUAAACCUACAGGAAAAACAAAAACCGAAAUCACUAAAGAACUAAUGGAUGUCAAUGUGGAAGAGUGAUUUUAUUUUGUAAAGAAAAUUUUUGUAAAUUAUUUGUAUGGUGGUGAUAUAUUUUAUCUGUUCUUAUACUCUUUGAUAUGUAUUUUAGUUAAUUAAUUUAGCUUAUGUUGCUUUGUAUAAAAUUAGUUAUUUUUUUGUAUAUAAAUUUUACUCUUUUGUAAUAAAAUACAUAUUAAUAUUAGUUAAGUGCAAAAUAUGUAAAUUUUAAAUAAAAUCAUUUACAACG